UUUUACUUAUUUACUUCCUACUAAUUCCUUUAUGUAUGUUUUACAUAGAUUAUUGAAACAGCAUGAUCUCAAAGGUCUUGGUGGAAUUUUAUUAGAAGAUGUCCAGGAAUCCUUGCCACACUGUGAAAGAGCACUGAAAAGUUUAGCACAAGAAAUUCUAUACAUAGCUCGGCCAACAGACAAAAAGAAAAUAUUAUUUUAUAAUGAUAAAACUGCUACAUUAGAUGUUGAUGAAGAAUUUGUCAAACUAUGGCGCGCAACAGCCGUUGAUGCUAUGGAUGAUGCGAAAAUCGAAGAAUAUUUAGAGAAACAGGGUAUUAAGUCAAUGCAGGACCAUGGCCCCAGAAAGCCAGUUGUACCAAAACGAAAGAAAACUGCACAAAAACGGCGGCAGUUCAAGAAACCCAGAGACAACGAGCACUUGGCUGAUGUCCUUGAAACUUAUGAAGACAAUACUUUGACCCAGAAGGGCGUUACUAUAAAAUAAACUGAUUUUGCAAG